CAUGUUGCCAGUGCAUAUGCAAGAGUGCGGCUGCACUCGCGCUGUGUUUUGAUUCGGCUGAUUACUGCGAAGUUCGGUUUCCAGUUAGGAGAGUUAGGAUAGGAAUAGAAUUGUCAAAAAUUGGAUGACAAUGGCAGAAAAACCCGCAUCACCUCGACUACCUGCACCACCCACGGAUCUCGACUGGAUAAAGUUGAGAGACGAAAUGGAGGAAGGAAAUGAAUUUGAGCCAUUAUUCCAUAAACUGAUCAGGAAGUUUAAAGCCCAACCGCUUAUACCAUUAGGCUGCUUAGCAACAACAGCAGCUCUGUCCUACGGUCUCUGGUCAUUCAAAAAAGGCGAUCAAGUAAUGUCCCAGUACAUGAUGCGAACACGAGUACUAGCCCAAGGAUUCACCGUGUUUGUUGCAGUUUCUGGGAUGGUGACAGCCUCCCGACAGGCCUCAACACCCGAAUAAGUAAAACGCUCAAAACAGAAAAUAAUAUUUUUCGUGAAUGGCGAAGCCAGUCACCCAGUCUCCUAGACACCCCUGUAAAUUUUUAGAUUAAUGUACCAGAUAAAUUAAUCAAAUACUUAAAUAAUAGACCAUAUAAACACCAAAAAGACUAAAGGUUAUUAUAUUUAUUAUAACUCAUCGGUUAACAUUUUUUACAUUUCUCCAAAUUGAUUCAUCUUCCGAAGGUUAAAUCUUCACCAAUAAAAAUCUCUAGUUCAUCUCUUAAAUACUAUGAUCAAUCUGUCUAUUGCUACAUUGACUCAACCGUCUGUCUAUUCACGGUUCAAACGAAAUAAACAUCCUCACUCGUUAUAAUACAAAAAUGAAAAAUCAUAAGUCACAGAAUUCCAAUCUAACUCUCUCAAGCGAUAUAAAAUGAAAAUUUUUUAUGCAAAAAAUUGUUCGAGAUUAUUGUUCUGCGUUGAAGUGAGAUUAUUUUGUGAAUAUCUCAUUAAUAAGUGAGUUGAGGGCAAAUGUCUUCAAAUUCUUACAAUAACACUGGUUAUCAAGAUUUACCGAUUGAUAAGAAUUUUUUUCUGAAUGGGUUAUUACUUAGGAAACAAAUGAUUUUAAGAGAAAAUUAAGUUUCCUACAAAAAAUGUUCACAAUUUCUGCUGCAGCAACUCAUCAUAAAGAUGAUUAAUGGAUCACGAAAGUGAAAAUUCUUGUGAUUAUCAAGGAAUCGAAUUGUCAUAUUUAUAUAUUCAUCUCAGUAUUGUUAUUUUUUGGAGAAUAAAAUUCUCUACAAAGUUCUCUUAA